AUGGAAGAACAAGUUAAAGGAGGAAGCUUUACACCUUACAUUCACUCACAAACCCUAAAUUCACACGAUCGAGCCGUCUCCUCCGUGAAAUUCUCCUCCGACGGUCGUCUCUUAGCCUCCGCUUCCGCCGAUAGAACAAUCCGCACUUACCCAAUCGACACUGCACGAGUAGACGGCUCAAUCGCUAAACCCGUGAACGAGUUCUCCGGCCACGAAAACGGCGUAUCGGACAUCGCUUUCUCCUCUGACUCGAGGUUCAUCGUCUCAGCUUCCGACGACAAAACCCUAAAGCUAUGGGACGUCGAAUCAGGUGCUCUGAUCAAAACCCUAAACGGACACUCGAAUUACGUCUUCUGUGUUAACUUCAAUCCUCAAUCCAACAUGAUUGUCUCUGGUUCUUUCGACGAGACUGUUCGUAUUUGGGAUGUUAAAUCUGGGAAAUGCUUGAAAGUUCUUCCUGCGCAUUCUGAUCCUGUGACUUCAGUUGAUUUCAAUCGUGACGGGUCUCUGAUUGUGUCUAGUAGCUACGAUGGGUUGUGUCGGAUUUGGGAUUCUGGAACUGGGCAUUGUGUGAAAACCAUCAUUGACGAUGAGAAUCCUCCUGUUUCCUUUGUUAGGUUCUCUCCGAACGGCGAAUUCAUCCUCAUUGGUACACUCAACAAUAGGCUGAGGUUGUGGAAACUUUCUACGGCUAAAUUCGUCAAAACGUACACCGGACACACAAACUCCCAAUACUGCAUUUCCUCUGCGUACUCUAUGACAAACGGGAAGCGGAUCAUUAGCGGAUCCGAGGACAACUGUGUGUACAUGUGGGAGUUGAAUUCAAGGAAAAUGCUUCAGAAACUAGAAGGUCAUACCGAAACUGUCACAAGCGUAGCAUCCCACCCUACUGAGAACUUGAUUGCAUCAGGCUCACUCGACAAAUCUAUAAGGAUGUGGACACAGAAGAACCAAUGA